AUGGAGGCUAUCCAGCAUGCAUUACAGCAGAAGCCGGUGCAUCACCGUCCCGUUCUCAUGUUUCUUGAGCAGUUACCGCUUAAUUGUUCUGCCAGUCGUUUUACUGGGCGAGCCAACAUGUUUAAAAGAUGUGAGGACUUGGCCGCACCGGUUGUGGUGCCAUUGUAUCGGCGUGUGCUCGCGGCAAUGGCCUGGCAGUUAAAUAUCCCUGUGAUUCCAACCCAGCAUUUCUUUAAGUGCAAUUCUACAUACUGUACGCUCUCCGACGGGGUUCACCUAGAUCCUCCAUGCAUGAUGCUGAUGCAGCAGCACAUUUGGAAUACGUAUUUGCUGCUCCGCAGAGCAAAGGUGAUCCAAGGGCCGCCGACAGGGAGUGGGCGGCUGCCCAACGCCAUGCGUUUUGUGAAGGAGGAGACGUACAUGGAGUGGCUACUUCGAACGGAUGAAUAUGAUACGGGGGACAAGAAUAAGCGCUAUCCGUUCCGUGGGUUUACUGUGACCCUCCGCCUCGUCGUCCUCUUGCUCUGGUUGUUUCAAUUGGCUCGCAUUUUCGGAAGAUGCGUGUUAUCCCGCCUGGAGAAGCGGUACCCUCUCAGCCGCGGCACACGUUUGAAAGAUGGUCCGAAAGGCAGCAGCGACACGGCGUGA